AUGGGUUAUGAGAUUGAGGUAGACACUGCCAAAUUAUAUGCAAACAUGUUACUGUCUAAACCGGUAGAUAGAAAUGCAAAGAGAUUUGGAACUUAUAAGGAGGCAAUCUCCAAAAUAAAGAGGGAACUCAAGGAGCCUAUCAUACAAAAGAAAGUUAGGAAAAUGAUUGACACCUUAGAUAAGAAGUAUGGAGGUGAAACAUCCGAUGCCACUGCUUCCAUUGGUACAAGUGAACAAAUAGGGGCUAAAUCAAGCAAAGAUGGAGAACAAACAAAAGAAAAGAAUAAAAUGUCCAAGACAAAACCCAAGGGUAUUGCAUCUAGCAAACUGACAACAUACAUGAAAGAAAAGGAGUCAGAUACUCCUACAUAUUCCCAAGGUAAAGGUGAACCGGUAGGAGUCACAUAUGCAAGAAAGAAAAAGAAUGAAAGGACAGUUGACACAAAGGCUAAAACAAAACCCAAGAAGGAUGAAAAGGAGGCUGAUAACUCUGACACCCAAUCUGAUAAGAUAGUAAAAGAAGUCAGAAGAAGUGUUGAAGAUAUCGUAGGUGAUGUUGGGUCAGAUAUUCCUAAUCUGACAAAGGAUGCAAAGCCACCGGUUGAACAAAAAUCAAUUGUUGAAACUAUUGAUAUUGGUGAUACAUCGGCUAAGGGAAUUGUUCAAACUAAGCAUCCCAGAGAAGAUGAAGUCACAAUUGAGGAGAUCCCUUAUGAGGAAAGACCUCAAAAGAAUCUAGUGACAAUAAAUAUUCCCACAACAAAUCCUACUGACAACGAACCUCAUUUACCAAAGAAAGGUGUAGAGGAAGAAACCCCAAAGGUGAUAGAUUCAUCAAUACCAGUUGUUGAUGAAGCAGAGAAGAAGGAAACAAAGAAAAAGAAAACGGAAAGGAAGGAAACAUAA